GCCAAAAGAAAAAAAAGAAAGAAAAGAAAGAGAUAGAUGAAUGAAGCGAAGACGACGGUCGGUCCCAGCAUCAGCAUCAAACUUUGACCGACUCAAAAUCCUGUGGUCAGUCUGCACAAGCACCCGCAGCCAUGGCGGCGCUGCUCCUCCGUAUGCUCCUCGUCGUCGGCGUCGCGCCGCUCGCAUCCUCCGCCUCCACCGACCUCACCGCCCUCCUCGCGCUCAAGGACGCCGUCUCCCACGAUCCGGACUCUGUGCUCGCCGCCUGGUCCUCGGCCUCCACCAACUACUGCUUCUGGCGCGGCGUCUCCUGCCACCCCAACUCCUCCGCGGUCGCCGCCAUCGACCUCCCCGACGCUUCCCUCUCGGGAGCCCUCCCCGCCUCCCUGCCGCCGCGCCUUCACCGCCUCGACCUCCACGGUAACAACUUCUCCGGCCCAGUCCCCGCCGCCUUCCUCGCCUCCCCGACCCUCCGCUCCCUCGACCUCAGCUAUAACCGCCUCUCGGGGCCCCUCCCGCCCUCCUGCCGGACCCACUCCCUCACACACCUCCGCCUCGCCGCCAACGUCAUCACCGCCCAAAUCCCCGCCGACCUCGCGCAAUGCCGCUCCCUCCGCCUCCUCGACCUCUCCAGCAACCUCCUCGAGGGAUCCAUCCCCUCCUCCUUCGCUGGGCUCGCCGCCCUCCGCGCCCUCGACCUCUCCCGCAACAGCCUCACCGACAGGAUCCCCCCGCAGCUCUCCGCUUGCCGGGACCUCGCCGUGCUCGUGCUCACCAACAUCACCACCUCACCGGGGGAGCAGCCGGAGUUCAACGCCUUCGUUGGGGGCCUGCCUCCGCAGCUGCUGGACAUCCCCGCGCUGCAGAUUCUCUGGGCACCAAAGGCCAACCUUAACGGCAGGUUGCCAAGCUACAGGAACGGUUCCUGCAGCCUCCGCGCGCUGAACCUUGCCCAAAACUACAUUGCUUGCUCACUGCCCCCAUGGCUCAGGGACUGCCCAAACUUGGCCUAUCUUGAUCUCAGCUCCAACAAAUUCGAGGGCCCAAUGCCGGUUGGAUUCAGGAUGGGAUGCAUGAAAUACCUUAAUGUCGCCCAGAACUCACUAUCAGGUCAUCUUCUUCCUGCUGUGGAGACUGACAGUAAAUGCUCGAGCCGCUUGAUCAUCGACGACACCGUAAUGCACUACUAUGAGAGAUUGGUUAGCGGUGCCAUGGUGUUGAGCCCUUCUGCUGCAUUGUCCAGGGAUGCUAUUAAUGUUGUUAUCCAUGAUUUCAGCAACAAUAGCUUUAGCGGGCCAUUGCCAUCUAUUGCCUUGCAUCUUGGAGGAAACUUCUCUUAUGGGUUGCUUCUCAACAGCAAUAUGUUCAAUAGCACACUUUCUUCUGGAUUUUUCGGAUUCUGCAAGGGUGCUAGUGGGGUAACAGUCAAUUUGAGUGAUAAUCAGUUGACUGGCGGUCUUGACACCCUUUCAAGCUGUCCAGUACUUUGGACUUUUGAUGCUGGUUAUAACAAAAUCAAUGGGUUGAUCUCUCUUGGUGUCGCUAACCUCCAUUUCCUGAGGAGCCUGAUCUUGAGGGGCAACAAUUUGACAGGUGAGAUUCCUGGGGUUUUCGGUGAUCUGUCUGCUCUUGAGGUUCUGGAUUUGUCAAGGAAUUAUUUGACAGGAAGAAUACCAUCAAGUUUAGCUCAUGCGUCACAACUUCAAGCAUUAAUGCUUGAUCACAACAUGCUCUCAGGAGGCAUCCCUCCCAGUUUCAGUGAGCUAGCUCAGCUGGCGGUGCUUGACAUAUCAUUCAACAACCUGUCAGGGGAUAUUCCUCGCCUUAGACACUCUACUGAUUGUGGUUCCUUUGUCGGCAAUCCCCUGCUCCAUCCAUGUUUAGGUCCAAACGGAUCUCUAUCAACGCCUGAUUCCACAAAUGGUGCUCAACAGGAUGGUGAAAUGAGUAGAUCCAGGUCCGUGAUGGUGAUUAUAGUUGCUGCAGCAACUGCCAUGGUUUCUUUCCUUCUUGUGGUGCUUAUUUUCGUCGUGUGUGAAAGGAGGAAAAGUGCGAAGAUUGCAAACUUGAGGGCAAAAAUGCUUGUGACAUUCGGUGAUGCCCCUCCUGAGCUUACUUAUGAUAACCUUGUCCAAGCAACAAGUAACUUCAGCAUCCAGAACUUGAUCGGCUCAGGGGGUUUUGGUUCUACCUACAAGGCUGAGCUUGCUCCGGGCUUUCUUGUAGCCGUGAAGAGGCUAGCCAUGGGCCGUUUCCAAGGACUCCAGCAGUUUGAUGCAGAGAUCAGAACCCUUGGAAGAAUUCGACAUAGGAAUCUCGUUACACUUAUGGGAUACCAUAUAGGAGAAUCAGACACUUUCCUGAUCUACAACUAUCUGUCCGGUGGGAACCUUGAGACGUUCAUAAAUGGGAUGGGGAGCAGAAAGGUGUCAUGGACUGAAGUUCAGAACAUAGCCGAGGAUGUUGCUGAAGCGCUGGCUUUCCUUCACUGCUCAUGCACACCUCGAAUUAUUCACCGAGACAUCAAACCGAGCAAUAUUCUGCUGGACGAGGAGCUGAAUGCAUACUUGUCAGACUUUGGUUUGGCGAGGCUGAUGGAAGUGACGCAGACGCAUGCCACUACUGAUGUUGCUGGAACCUUUGGGUAUGUUGCCCCUGAGUAUGCAACAACUCGUAGAGUCUCGGACAAGGCUGAUGUUUAUAGUUUUGGGGUUGUUCUUUUAGAGUUGAUGUCGGGAAAGAGGUCUCUGGAUCCAUCGUUCUCACAGUUCACUGAUGGUUUCACAAUCGUAGGCUGGGGAAGGAUGUUGGCGCAGGAAGGAAAUACGAUUGAAUUUUUCUCUCCAGGACUUUGGGACGUAGCGCCAAUGGACAAACUGACUGAGAUGCUAAGGGUUGCUCUGUCGUGCACCUCGGAGUCACUAGCUGAUCGGCCAUCAAUGAGACAGGUUGCAGAAAAGCUGAAGCAAUUGAGAAAUGAGCAGUGAAGUGUACAAGAUGCAGUUCU